AUGGAGGUCGGGCGAGGAGGGGACCACUCGAUGCCCCGAGUCGAAGGGUGUCCAAGUUUCAUGCUCACCGCCGGACUGAACGGCAACGGCAUCCCGAAGUCGCCAGUGGCAAGGAGGCCGCGCCCCAAAGGCCCCUGGCGGAGCGUGGCAAAGACAUGUUCAAUGUUCGGGCCCAUGCACACCACGUCCGCCCGCUUUCACACGUUGCCCUUCCCUUGCGUGAUAUACCAGCGCGGCAAGAGCUCAGCAGUCAAGAAUCGCGGCACCGGGUGGCUUGACGGCGCUUUGUGUCCAGACGAUCAGGGCCGACUGCAGCCAGACAGGUAA